GUGGAAGGUACAUUUGAAAACAUUGGUCAAUUACCAAUAAUUACAAUCAAUGAGACUCUGUCCAAAAACACAAUCAAUAUCACUGGUGGGCCAGCCUCGCCGUAUCGAUAUCGAUUACACCAGAUCUCCAUGCAUUUUGGUCAACCAGACGGUGAGCGAGGGUCCGAACAUACGGUGGAUCGCGUUCAACUGUUAGCGUACAAUGUAGAUUUGUAUACAAAUUAUAGCCAAGCUGUUACACAGCCACGAGGACUUCUAGCUGUUUCCGUAAUCAUCGAUAUCGGAUCAGUAACCGAAGUUGCACUGCGACGUUUGACGGUGGCGUCCCAAAGCAUCACUUACAAAGGUAUUAGCUGGAUAACU